AUGCCUAGCACAGGGCUACGAGCAAAACUCGGAGACUCUGUUCGGAGGAAGUUGGGGAGGCGAAGGUCGGCGGUGGGGGAAGAAGCAGAGGGGUCAGACGAAGUUGGCAACUCCAGCGUAGGAGCAUUGGACCCUGAGUUCCUUUCGAAUCUCCCUAUCGGCGCAGAUUUGAACGGAAACAGCCAGGGAGGAUCACCCUAUUUCACCCGUUCGAACUCGGCCAACGACGGCGACCACCAAACCAACUCCGUGGACAUCGGUUCCGCCAGCCCAGCCAACUCGUUUGACUCGAUAGACACCAUCUCCGACACUGAGCUAGACGGUGACAUCGAUCCCGACCUCGCCCUAAUGAACGAAAAGCACCGGCGAACCCGUAAGCUCCUCAAAUACUCCCGGUGGCUCAAGAGUCGUGCAAAUGGAUACCACGAAGGCACGUCUCCAACGGACGGCGAGAGGACCCGCGGUGUGUUGGCGUUGGAGAGGAAGAUGGCGAGACAGGAGCAGAGGCUCAGCGAGUUGCACGACCAUCACCAGGAGCGACGUCGCGUUGCGCAAAAAUAG